ACCUUGUUGACUUCUUGGAGUAUCCUUCUCAACCUCCAACUGGAUGACUCAGGUUGAGAGCUUUGGUAUAAUGAGGGUUGGCCUGCAAAAUGUCAGUUCUUCCUAAGCCUAUACCGCCUCUCUAUACCGUGUAUAUCUUGCGCUCAACGGUCAAACAUUCUUCACUUUAUAUCGGUUCGACGCCAAACCCGCCCAGGCGUCUGAAGCAACACAAUGGGGAAGCCAAGGGGGGCGCUGCACGAACUUCGAGGCGGCAGUAUCGGCCUUGGGAGAUGGUUGGUCUCAUCUCUGGAUUUCCGGGAAUGGUUGCUGCCCUAAAAUUCGAAUGGGCGCUUAACAAUCCACAUGUGUCACUACACAUUCCAACAAAUUCGCGCAUCACUGUCGCAACACAGAGAAAGCGCAAUGGACAACCCAAACGCCCGACUCAUAACAUGAAGUCAAUCAUCUCAAACAUCCAUCUCCUUUUACGAGUGCCUAGCUUCGCGAGAUGGCCACUUAAACUUCAUUUCUUUGCCCCCGAGUUUUACGGGACUUGGACUAAAUGCUGCGACACCGCCACUGAGCCUCUUCGUGAGACCAUUCCUGUCUACACGGACUUUCCUCCGAGCUCGGCUGCUGAAGAUGCAUGUACUGAUGAACCUAGUCCUUGGGGUAUCCAUGCCCUUCCCCUCGAUUAUGCGCCAAUGAAGGAAUACGUUGAGAAAACGCAAUCACUGUAUUCAUUCGAGAGGGAAGGUGAAUGCGUUGUUUGUGAUGAACAUUUAGAGCACGGUGAAGGCUUAUAUGCAACCUGCUCGAACUCGCUCUGUGAAGGCACUGGGCAUAUAUCUUGCUGGAGUCGACACUUGCUUGGCAACAACCCGGGAGAAGACAUCAUCCCGAUUUCCGGCCAUUGUCCCAAGUGUGAGGGCAAGGUGAUUUGGGGAGACAUGAUGAAGGAGAUGAGUUUGAGGAUUCGUGGGCAGAAAGAGGUUGAGAAGAUGCUCAAGAAGCGUCGAAAGCGGAAAGCGCCGGUCACAGCUGAAUCUCCUUGAUAAGAUACUAUGGAUUGCUACGACGACCACGUUCACCUUCUCCCUUUACACGGCACAUUCAACAUUCAACACACGAUAGUCAAUUUGAUGCAUAAAACUCAUCUACUCCCAA